AAUUUAAGACUAGCUAUUGCAACACCUUCAUCAACCUAUAUCUAUUUGCUAAAACCAAAGCCUAUGGGACAAAAGAGUUCAAAACAGUUUAACAGUGAAGAGUUAAAUACAGAAUUGUUGCAGGAGAUGAAAGAAAAUACACAUUUCAAAUCGAAAGAGAUAAAAGAAUGGCAUGAUAAAUUUAAGAAAGAUUUUCCAUCUGGAAUAAUUAAGAGACACGAAUUUAGGAAAAUAUAUAUGGAAUUAACCAAUAAGAAAAGCGAAGAGCUGGCUGAUUAUGUUUUUGACGCUUACGAUCAAGAUAAAAAUGGUGUCAUAGACUUUAAAGAGUUUAUGAUUACUUUAAGUAUUACAUGCCGCGGUGAUAUAAAGGAAAAGCUUAAAUGGGUAUUCGAUAUGUACGAUACAGACGGCAGCAGUUACUUAAGUAAAAGCGAAGUUAUCAAAGUUUUAGAAGUCAUCUUUAGAAUGAAAGGAAAUGAUAGAGUUGAAGCAACAGCUUUUCUUCAAACUGUCGAUAUAUUCAAAAAAUUAGAUAAAGAUAAGGAUGGCUACAUUACCAAAGAGGAAUUUUGCCGUAUUGCCACAAGAGAAAGAGAAAUAAUUAACAUUUUAAAUGCUAUUUAA